AGCUGCUCGCUGAGCUCGCUCGCGCUCCUGACGCCUCGGCUGGAGCCCUCCUCCAUCGCCUCUUCCUCCUCCUCCUUGUCCCAUGCGCACCGCCCUGGCCAGCCGAGGGCCGCCGGGCGCCAGCCGCGCAGCAUGCACUGGGGGAUUGGCUUUGCCUCGUCCAGGUCGUGUGUGGUGGAUCUGAGCCGGAACCAGAGCAUCUCCUUCGGCUUGUGGGCCGCAUCUGAGGAGCCCUAUACCUUUUAUGGGGACAUCAUCGCUUUCCCUUUGCAGGAUUACGGAGGGAUCAUGGCUGGGUUGGGUUCGGAUUCCUGGUGGAAGAAAACCCUGUACUUGACUGGGGGAGCCCUGCUGGCUGCAGCGGCGUACCUGCUCCACGAGCUCCUGGCCAUUAGGAAAGAGCAAGAGGUUGACUCCAAAGAUGCUAUUAUUUUGCAUCAGUUCUCAAGGCCAAACAAUGGUGUCCCCAGUUUGUCUCCUUUCUGUUUGAAAAUGGAAACUUAUUUAAGGAUGGCCGACUUACCUUACCAGAACUAUUUUGAUGGAAAGCUUUCCCCUCAAGGGAAAAUGCCUUGGAUUGAAUACAAUCAGGAAAAAGUGUCUGGCACAGAAUUCAUCAUUGACUUUUUGGAAGAGAAACUUGGAGUGAACUUAAAUAAAAACCUUGGCCCCCAUGAAAGAGCAGUGUCCAGAGCCGUGACCAAGAUGGUGGAGGAGCACUUCUAUUGGACAUUAGCUUAUUGCCAGUGGGUGGACAAUCUCCAUGAGACACAGAAGAUGCUUUCUCUUAGUGGUCCCUUUAGUGACCUACUCAAGUGGAUUCUCUGCCACCUAACGAAGGGCAUUGUGAAGCGAGAAAUGUAUGGCCAUGGCAUUGGUCGUUUCUCUGAGGAAGAAAUCUACAUGCUGAUGGAGAAAGACAUGCGAUCUUUAGCAGGGCUUUUGGGUGAUAAAAAGUACAUUAUGGGACCAAAAUUUUCCACUCUUGAUGCCACUGUCUUUGGACACUUGGCACAGGCAAUGUGGACCUUGCCGGGGACAAGGCCCGAGAGACUAAUCAAAGGAGAACUGAUUAAUCUUGCCAUGUAUUGUGAAAGAAUAAGGAGGAAAUUCUGGCCAGAGUGGCACCAUGAUGAUGACAAUACCAUCUAUGAGUCUGAGGAAAGCAGUGAAGGCAGCAAGACCCACACCCCACUGCCGGAUUUCAGCUUUUAUUCAAGGACAGAAACCUUUGACGAUGAAGGGGCAGAGAACAGUAUAUCCCGGACGCCUGACACAGAUUUCACUGGACACUCCCUCUUUGAUUCUGAUGUGGACAUGGAUGACUAUACAGACCAUGAACAAUGCAAAUGAUGCCCAGGCAUACCGGCCCUCCUUUCUCAGAGGUGUCACCUCUUGGGGUUAGUCCAGUGUUCCCAGGUAGAGCACCACACCCUCCAGGGAGGGAGAGCUCCUGGUAUGUGGUACAUACAGUUCUCCCAUAUUAACUGGACUAGGUCAGCCUUAUUUCUUUUUGUAACAAAAGACCAAGACAACACAGACAAAACCCACAAAUAGCAGAAAACAAAGCUGUUCAGAUGGCUGCAUUUAAAACACAAACGGCCAGCAAAGUCAGCGUGGUUCCUGAAAUCCAUUUUUGUUUUCAUGAGAAAACUGGUAUCUCAGUCAAUUUGGGUGGAGCCCUGGGUGCAGGGAGAACAGAGAGAUGGGCCUGCAGGAAAGCACACAUGAUGAGCCUCUUUAAAAAAAGAGGCCAAAGCUUAGUUGAAAGAGGAGUACUUGAAAUUCCUAUACCUGAUUAUAUUGGAAAUGGUUGUAAGAUGUAAAAAUGAAAGAAUGGAUGUUUUUUUUUUCCUGGUGACUGCUUGUCCUGUGUGUAUGUGAAUUAUAUGUUCCUAGAGGCAGCAUAAAUCAAAUCAACAAAUGUUUAUUGAGCUCCUACUGUGUGCAAAGCACUGUGCUAGGUGCUAAGCUCUGCCAGUGAUUCGCUGUGUGACCUUGGACAAGUCACUUAACUUUUGUGUGCCUCAGUCUCCUCUGCCUGUAAGAUGGGGAUUAUAGUAAUUUCCACCUACCUACCUCACAGGGAUGUUGUGAGGACUCAUGAGAUAAUAUACAAUAGGGCGCUUUGAACCUUUGGGAAGAAAGGCGCUACAUAGACAUAAAUAUCAUUUAUCUUUGUGAUUCUUAUGUGUGAAACACUGAGGGAGGGAAAAGAAUUUUAGUGCAUCACCUGGCCAGACAGUCAGGGGCACCAUCUUAGCAGAUGAAGUAUAUGUACAGGUGGGGGCACUUAUGGCUCCAUCUACCAUCGUUUCUUUUCUUGACUUUGCUUGAAAUCUUUCUUUGAAAGAAUGCUGCAAACCACAGGACACCUGAAAACAUCCUGGUAUUUCUCUGUGUCCCUGAAGAAUAAUGUUCUUUUUCUUGUCUGUCUUUAUGUGGGCUCAAUAGCCUUGUCUCCUCCACCCCCAGGACUUUAGGUGGCCAUUGUUUUUAAUUUGGAGGCAAUAAAGCACAGAAAGACCAUGUGUCUAAUGGAGAUGAGUGGAGGCAACAUUUUAUGGAUUUGGGCAAUUAGGAGCUUGCCUACUAAGAAAAGCAUUCCUUUAAAAAAAAAAACAACAAAACCAAACACCAAAUCCAAGACUGUGGGAGAUACUGAAAAGUUGCAGUAGGAAGGGAGACAACUUAUUCAUAUCAGAGCACCUAGGUACCACAAUGAUAGAUAGGUGCUACACAGUUCUACUGAUAUGACUUUUCUGAUAUUUUAACCCUAUAGCCCAAAGACAGAGGGCAACUGCCGAGGCUGAUGUGGUGUUCUUAAUUGUUCUCCCCAAAGAUUCCAUCUGGAAUGCUGGAUUUUAUUGAGAUUUUUAAAAGGUAUCCUCUCUUCUGUUAAUGAUGUUUUUUGUUGAUUCAUGGGAACAUGGGUUUGAGAAUCUUUGAGCAACAAUCAGGAGAGACCUUAAAGGUCAUCUAAUCACCUCUAGUUAUUAGUUCAGAUAGUUUGGGUAGAGGCUAGAGGUUUGGAUGAAUCGACUCAAGAGAUCUAGUCCAUAAAGCAGCACCUGCUAUUGCAAAUUAAUCAGCCAUCCCCCUUCUUUGGGUUGAUUCCCCAAGGCAAUGAUUCCUUUGGGAUUUGGGGGCUAGUAGGCAGCAUCUUGUAUCGUGAGACCCAAAUGGUGAUUGCAGACCAACUUCUUUCCUGAAGUUUAUGUCUCAAAUAUAGUUUGUGCAAGAAAAUCCUUAGGGAAUUCAACUACAGUUGAAUCACAAAGGGAAAUGGGAAAGAGCAUUUGUAUCUUCAUAUGUAACUACUUUAGUGUCUUUGUAGGGCAUAUGUAGCUAAAGUCCUGAAAACAGGAAUAGGAAUGUGCUGGAUCAGGGAGGUUUUUUUCACAGGUAACUGCCCCCAGGAAUUACUGGAAAGAAUUGUAGGGCUAACAUCUGAUCAAAACUAUUCAUAUCUGACAAAACUUUUUUCAUCUUUAUGGAGCAAAUGUAGGAAGUGCAGUUGCAGUCUGGAGUACCACUGAUUUCACCAACUCUGUUUUGAGUCUCUUUUUGGAAGUUUAUUUGAGGGUACUGUUCUCCCAUCACCCUUCAGAGAAGGCAUGGAGUAUUGCUGGAACAGGCAAGUCAUGGAUAAACAACUGCUGACAAGGAAAGAUGAACAUAGUGAAUAUAUAGGUCAUACAUAUAUGUUUUAAAGCAGUGCCUUGCCAUUAAUAGUUUUGUGGCCUGCUGUAUGUAUGUCAAAGAAAGAAUUGUCUCUGAGAUUCUGGUCAGUGAGGGUGGGGUUGGGAAUCUUCUGUAGUCUUUGGGCUGGUCAUAAAAUGGUCUGAAAGUUUGCUUACAAUUUGAGGAAGGCAGUGUGGUACAGUGGGCAGGGAAAAGAAUUUGGAGUCGAGGAUCUGGCUAAUCCUGCCACUUAUUAUCUGUUACCUUGGACAAGUCACUCAACCAAUUGAGUUUCCUCUGGUGUAAGAUUCAGGUUUGGACUCAGUGACUUUAAGGUCCUUUUGAGGUCUAAAUCAACGAGUCUGUGCAUAGUGCCAUACAGGUAUUCAGUGCUAAAUGUGCACAUACUUAGCAGCUGUGUACUGUGAACAUCUGUCUAACUUGGGAUAUAUUAAAGUGGAAGCCCAGCUUCCAUUGGAUGGAAAACAAAUUUAAUUCAGAUGGUUUGCUCAGGCUACCUUACAUAGGAGCUUGAAUCAGAACUUCUCUUUGGGCACAUCAGUGAAGGUUCACGUCUCUGCAGGCAGUUGUUCGUGUAGAUGGAAAUCUGACUCUGACUUCUGACAAAGAUCACCAUGUAAUACAUCUGUAAGGUGAAGUCUAAAGCAAAACAAACAUUUACCAAGUGUCUGUAACUUGAAGCAGUGUUGCGUACAAGAUCCACCCAGACUUUUUCAGAACUUCAAUUUUUUUUUUUAAUCUGGGUUUGGAAUUUCCUAGUCUUUGCUGGAAAAGUGCUAGUUGCAAGAAAGACCUGGAAUGUGGGAAGCUGAUAGGAGGGGCUAUUUUUAAGUACUUGGAUCAUUUGCCUAUAUUUGGAGGACUUUUCUCACAGAUCUCUUUUGCGUGGUCAGAAGACCCUUGAACCAACCAUCCUAUUCACUUACCCUGGCAAAGAACAAUGACAACCAAAAAUGAACCUCAGUCAGCCUGGUAGAGGGGAAAGUAGGACAUGGCGUCAGAGGACAUGAGUUCAAAGGCCACUUCUACUACUUACUACUUGUGUGACCUUGGGCAAGUCACUUAACUUUUUGUGGACUUCAGCUCCCUGUUCUGUAAAUAAGGGGGGUUGAACAAGAUGACUUCUGAGGUCUUUUCAACUCUACACCUCUAAUUUUGUGAUCAUCUUAUGAAAAUUAAUGAACAGUACAGUAUUAGUUUUAAUGAGAGACCAAUGAGGGGGUAUCGUUCCUUUAUGCAGAAAUUAAACCAGUCAACAAGCAUUUAUUAAGAAUCUGCUGUGUGCCAUGCACAUGCUAGGUACUGAACACAGAGUCACAAAUGAAGUGGUACCUGCUCUCAAGGAGUUUCUUCUCUCACAAGAGAUAAUAUGCACAGAUUUAAGUACAAGCAGAAUAAUACAAAAUAAACUGAAAAUAGUUAAAAGAAGAAGGGCACUAGCAGUUUGAAGGAUCAGGAAAGGGCUGAGUUGGAGGAAGCAAGGGAUUCUGAGGGGGAAGGGAGGAGGGAGAGCAUUCCAGGGAUGGGGGACAGCCAGGACAAUGGCGUGGAGAUGGGAGAUGGGGGUGCUGUCUGUGUGUGAGUAGCAGCAAGGGAGCCAUUUUGGUUGCAUCACAGAGUAUGGAAAUGGGAGUAAUUUAUAAAGAAUUUGGAAAGGUGGAUUGAGGCCAAAUGGCGAAUGACUUUAAAAAGCCACACAGAUGAGUUUCUGUUUUAUUCUAGAGAUAUCAAUUGUCAUUUAUUAACAAAGAAAUAUAACAUUAACACUUUGUAAACACUGAUUGAGCUAACUUUGUGGACCACUGGGAGUGCUUGUAAGCCAAACUUGAGCAGUAGGGGAAUUCGUUAGUUACACCUCUCAUAUACUGUAUUUUAGGAUAUCUGCACAAAUGCAGAGUAGGUGGAAUUUGAAGACAAAAAUAUGUCAAGGUUUUUAGCUUGACAGAUUGAAAGGAAGCAUAAAGUCAGUUUCUUAGAAUGGCAAAGGAUCUUAGAGAUCAGUUAAUUCAGGCCCUUUGUUUUAGAGGCUGUUAAAGUCGUGUCUUGUUCUGGUUCCCUGGAACCCGGCGCCCCCCCCCCCCAUUCUAGUCGUUAUAGUAAAUUUUAGCAGGAAACAAGAUUGCAAAGGGGAACCUGGAAGUCAUGUAGAAACCAUCCCAAAGAUCAAAGGAACAUAAUUUAUAAAUUGUGUCAUAUAUUAACUAAAAUUCACCAUGCCUGCACCUAUUUCAUAAUUUUACAAAUGAUCAAUUUGGAGGCCCAGAGAUAUGAGGAAUUUCCCCAGGAACACACAGCUAGGAACUAGCGAGUUAUGGACUAUAGCUGAAAUUUUUUGACAUCUAGACCAAUGUUCUUUCUAGUAGAAUACACUCAUCUUGCUCCCCCAAACCCCAAAUAACUAUCUCCUGAUUUUUCUGUUUAUUUUAAUGACAUCACCAUUCUUCUGGUCUCCCAAUCUUGAUGCCCUAGAAACCUUUGAUUCCUUCCUCUACCUCAAUUCCCAGUUUGAAUCAGCCAUGAAGUCCUGUUAUUCUUCCUUUACAGUGUCCCUCAAUUAUAUUCUUGUAAUUCUCACCAAAAGAGCAGCUAGAGGGUAUAGUGAAUAGAGUCAGGAAGACCUGAGUUCAAAUCUGGCUUCAGACACUUACUAACUGUGUGAC